AACUUAAUGUGGAGUUUGUUCGUUCAGGUUUACAGCAAUACACGGUUUAUAUUUGUUUGGACUGAAUUUAUUCUUAGAUAAUCAGGAAGUCUAUUUAGGGACAGUGAGAUGUUGCUAAACACGGUGAACGUCACGCGGGUAUUGGCUCUGGUGGUGGGGUGCCUAGGAAUGAUUGUCGCCGGCUCCACCUAUGCCUUCGGGGCCUACAUCAAUGCUGUCAAAGCCCACUUCAAUUAUACUCAGUCACAAGUUGAAAUUCUAGGAUCUAUGUCCAACUUUGGAAUAUCUCUUGGUUUUCCCGCCGGAAUGAUGUGCGAGAGAUUAGGCGCGAGAUGGACCUCUCUAGCUGCCUUACUGAUCGCCGCGCUGGGGUAUUCCUUAUUGUACAGCACCACAUUCAUGCAACCAUUCUACCAUAAAAAUGUAUGGUUUCAGUACAUUUAUUUCUUUGUAUCAGGUUUUGGAGCUAUAUUUAUGUACAUGGCAUCUCUUACAACAAGCAUGAAUAAUUUUCACCCAAAACAUAGAGGGAAAAUCGUGGGCAUAUUGGACGCUUCCUUUAGCGGAGGUCCAGCCCUGUUUUCUGCUUUGUAUGGGACAAUUUUUGCUAGAGGUCACACAAAGGACGAAGAAAAUCAAAACCUGGGUGGUUUUUACCUCAUGACAGCCAUCUCGUUCGCUGUCGUAGGAGCGCUGGGUAUCCUAUUUCUGAAGGAAGUGACGUUUGAUGUCAGUGAUCUUGAAGUUAAUAGAAUAAUAGAUCACGAUGCCUUGGACGAAACAAUAAAUAGGGAAGACCAGGUGCAGAGAGAUAUAACGGGAGUAAAGUUAAUUCGCAGGUUUGAUUUCCACUACUUGCUAUGGGCCUACAUAUUCUGUGCGGGACUGCAACUAACGUUUCAAAAUAACCAAGGAACAUACUUGAAGUCGUAUAAUUUAGAGAAAUACACCACUCUCUUCACUACAUUGAAUCCAAUCGCAGGUGUGGUUUCUAAAUUUUUCGCGGGAUUUCUAUCGGACGCCAUAGUUCACAAAAUUCCCCGAUCAGGUGUACUGUUAAUAUUCAAUAUAGUGCAGACGAUAUGUUUGGGGUUAAGCAUUUUCUUUUCUGACAACCUUAUCGUAUUCACAAUAGUGGAUCUCGUGAUCGGGUUCGCAAAUGGCGCCCUUUGGUGCCUAACUCCGACGAUGAUCAGUGAAUUCUACGGUAUGAAAAACUUUGCUCGAAAUUGGGGUACUAUGAUGCUUGGGAAUGCCUUUGGGGGUUUGGCUAUGCAAGAGGUAUAUGGAGCUUUAUAUGACAUUAAAACAGAUUCCAACAACCAGUGCUUUGGUCUGCACUGUUUCACGUGGAGCUUUAUAAUGAUCACCGUUCUCAGUUUUUGUGCAACCGUUUUCCACUUGGGACUUCUGCAGAAAAAGCUAGAUGAAAAGAAAUACGAAGGUGAAAAUAGUUAUGUUGAAAUGUGCUGUCCGACAGAUGAACAAAAUGGCGGAACAGUGAGAUACUAGACUGAAAUAAACACCGCUGAUCAGGCAUUAGGAUCUCUAGUGACGCCAUACCUAAUGUGAUAUUUGUUAUAUGAAUUAUGAAGGUUUAUGAAUUACAAAUGUAAUAUAUAUAUUUCUGAAUUAUUUAUAUACUGUUAUAUAUAAUGAAGAUGUGAUACUUGUCCGUGGUAUAUGAAAGAUUCACAUAAGAACCAUUUUCAAUGGAAAUAACCUGAAUUGUUUUACAAUCAUAAAAAUGUGUACAUGUAUACUAAUAAAUUAAGGAAAACAUG